AUGACAAGCCGCUACUUGAUCCUCUCUGCAGACUACUGGGGUCGACUCUGCAGCAGCAGCAGCUUCGGUCAGCCACUGGUCGAGUCGGGGUCUUGGACGGGUACUACUGGGCUAGUGGGCAGGCUUGUCUUCCCUAGCUACCUCGACCCCUCACGACCACCAGCGGCCACCGACCCAAUCAGCCUGGCCUUUACACCGUCAACUUCACAGUCCUCAUUCCUGAAGCUCCAAGCGACAGGAUGCACGACAGGGAUCUGCUCGAUCCAUCACUCCACUGCUGCCCUGUUCAUGCACCUCCUUGUUCCUCUCACCGAUUAUUUUGCUCUGCGAUUUUCGUUUCUCGUCCAGCAUGGCCAUGGCGUGGCGCCUUUGUACCGGCUGGCCCCAAGGGCUUACCCACUCGAUGCACAUUGGACAAUGGAUGGCUCGCAGAUGGGCCCCUCCUCCCCACCUCUCGAGAAGCACCUACGUGCUUCCUAG